CUCAGUGAAUGCAGGGCUCCGCUGGUGUUGUUUUGAAAUUUCGUCGUUGUUGAUUUUAUUUUACUGUCCCAGUCGGCGAAGAACGUCUGAAAAUCUUCUGUUGUACUACAACAACUCUGCAACAUCCCGAAACGCGUUUUCUUUCUCUAAACUUAUGUGGUAUGAUGGGAUCGCAUUGCAGCUGCCUUUUUGCAAGCACAGUCACAUAACGAUUUGCUGGAGAUUAUUUUGACAAAGGCAGAUGGUAAUGAACUUUAAUAUUCUGCGUCUGCUGAUUUUUGAGGAAGGGAAUUUCAAAGACUCGAGAGAAAAUAUGCUCAGAGAUACUGGGAACUGCAGAUGCUGGAGAAUCGGAGAUAACAAACAUAGAACUCCAGAAUGCCACACAAAAUUGGAUUUGUUACAAUAAGCUGCUCUGGCCAUGAAGACGGGUAUAAUUCCAAUGAGCUGAUGGUGCACGCGCCUACAGUAAAUGGUUGGCGUUCCCCAAGGUUCUGCCUUUACCCACAGGAAAUUGUCCUGCAAAUGGUGGAGCGCUGUCGAAUUCGUAAGCUGCAGUUACUUGCACACCAGUACUUGAUUUCUACGAAAAUUGAGUUUUACGUUAGUGACAGUCUUCCAGAUCACCUCGGACCCCACCACGUGGAGAGAUUCCGCAGACUUGGGUAUGUCUCCCUCUCGGAUAAUCAAAAAACAGGAUUCAAAGCCCGGGAACUCAAAUCUGUCCAUGUUGAUGCAGUUGGGCAGUAUCUGAAAUUAACGUUUCAUAAAAACCAUGUCAACAGAUACAACUUGUAUAAUCAGGUUGCCCUGGUAGCUGUUAAUAUCCUUGGAGAUCCAGUAGAACACAGUGAGACAAGUAUAACUCCCACAAAAGAUAAGCUGAUUGAUCACUAUCUUGGUCAUAGCCCAAAUGACCCAGCACUUGAUGGGACUUGCUUCAGUAAAUCUGAGAUUAUAUCACCCCUGGAUGACCUUGCCUUUGACAUGUACCAGGAUCCUGAAGUGGCUCAAAUCAUACGUAACUUGGAUGAAGAGAAACAUGAAGCAGUUAAACAUGAACGCUAUGAUUUUGCAAAGAAACUUAAACAAGCUAUAGCUGACCUUCAGAAGGUAGGAGAGCGCCUGGGCCGUUAUGAGGUGGAAAAGCGCUGUGCAAUUGAGAAGGAGGACUAUGACCUGGCUAAACAGAAGAAGCAGCAAAUGGAUGACUAUAGGAUGAAGGUUUACCAGCAGCUAGAGCUACAUAACUUGCUGGACAUGGGAACGAUCCGAAAGCUUCCUGAGAUUCCUCUUGAACCAGUGGAUCAUCCUAACAGAAUUCAACAGCAGCAAAUGAUUUUGGGGCUUAAAUCUGCAUCAGCUGUGGAAACUCAUCUGCAGGAGUCAUCUGAUGAAAGCCUUGGGCUGUAUCUGACCCCUGGAAAGUCACAAUGGUCUCCCAUUCCACAACAGCAUACUCCUACUCCACCUGCCAGAUUACCAUCUCCAAGGGUCGAUACCAGCUCACUUCCCUAUGAUGAGAGGCCACUUCCAACUCAAUGCAAACCUGCGGAAUUACAUGGCAUACUACAGUUAGAAGUUAAUGAACCAGCUGCAGUAAACCUAGACUCUUCCCCAACAUCAAGAAGUGGAAUCACAGGAGAACCAGAACCACUGACUGAGAAAGCUACCAGGGAGGCUAGUUUUGCCAUUGAUUUGUUUGGUGAGGCUCUGGUGACUGGUGCAUAUUCUAAGACCUGGUCAUAUAGAGAAGAUGCUUUACUGGCUGUGUAUAAAAAGCUUUCCAUGAUUCCUGAAGGCACACCCAAGGAUGAAGUGAAGAAUAUGUUGAAAGCAGCAAUAUUCCUCAUUCGUAGAGCAAUGAAGGACAAAGUGUCAUCUGUUUUUCAAGCGUCUCUGAAGUUACUAAAAAUGCUGGUCACACAGUAUAUUCCAAAGCACAAGCUGGGCAAAGUAGAAGUCACACAUUGUGUGGAGAGAUCAUUACCCAUUCUCCUUAGCAAGACUGGUGAUGCCACAACGCACCUUCGAGUGGCUGCAAUGAAUUUUAUCCAGGAAAUGGCAUUACUUAAAGAAGUACAACCCCUUCACAUUAUCCCACCCCAGUUAAUGCAGCCUUUGAAGCCACAAGUUCCAGGCCGCUUGGUAGUAAAUCAAAUUGAGUUGGUGGAACGCUUGCUGAAGGAGUUGGGUACAGAUAACAGUGGCUUUACUGUAGACAAUGUCAUGAAGUUCGUAGCAGGAGCUUUGCAGCAUACUGCUUCUGAGGUCAGGGAUACAGCUGUACGGAUUGUCCUUGAAAUGUAUCGACAACACAGGAGUGCUGUUUUGCCGUACCUUCCACCCGAUGAUACAAGUACGCGCAGGAAUGUGCUAUACAAAUCGCUCUUUGAUGGAUUUGCAAAAAUAGAUGGGAGGCCAACAGAAGCUGAGCAGCGAGCAUAUAAAAGGGCAGCUGCAGAAGAGGCAGAGAAGAGAAAGAAAGAAGAAAUAAGGGCACUGCAGGAACAACUGGCGGCGUUGAGAGAAAUACAGGCAGAAGUCCAGGCUGAAAAGGGAAAAGACACAGAACACAAUAAAGUUUCUAAAACAGAUCAUGGGAAUAAAGCUUCAGCCCCACAUCCAGAGAUGAGAGAUGAUCAGUCUUCAGUUGCGAAUUAUUUAGAUAAUUUAUGCAUUUUCUGUGGAGAGAGAAAUGAAAUGUUUACUGAUGAUGGCCUGGACAUCCAUUACUGGAAGCACUGUCCAAUGUUGAGACGUUGUGAACAUUGCAAGCAGGUAGUAGAAAUAGCCACCCUCACAGAGCACAGGCUGACUGAGUGUGACAUGAAAGAAAGUUUUGAGAAAUGUCAUCGUUGUGGUGAAGCAGUAUCAAAAGAGGACCUGGAGGAACAUCUCAAGGUGAAAAUCUGCAAUGCUGCCAAGCCUGAGAAAGUUGCCAACCAUUGUCCACUGUGCCAUGAGAAUUUCCAGCCAGGGGAGGAGGGCUGGAAAGUGCAUCUCAUGGGAAGAGACGGCUGUAAAAUGAACCCCCGCCGAAUGCAGACAUUACAGAGGACCCAGCAGCUCCAGCAAGAAAAAUCUGGGACUCUGGCUACUUCUAAGUCUGGUCCCACUGGGACCAAAGGGUGUUCCCCACCCACCAGCAGCAAAAUCCCUGCUCCAAGAGCUGGAUUAAACAAAACAACAAACUUAUCAUCGAUUCGACAAUAAAUUCUCGCCAUACAGGAUCAAAGCGUGACAGUAAACCUAAAGAAUCUCUGCACAAUGAAUGCUGAAUAGUCACGUCACAAUGCCAGUUCUAAAUGCACACAGGGCUGUGAAGUCAUUGACGGAUGAAAGACUGUUUCCAUAAAGGUUAAUCACCUUCAGUAGAACAUGCUUGUGAUCUAUUGGAGCCAUUUUGCUGUUCUGUGAAACAUCCAUCUCAGCUAACCUUCGUCUUAAAUCCUUAAAGCAUUCCAUUGGUACUAAGGAAGUUAGUUUUAUUAAACGAUUAACCUUCUUAUAAACGAAACCAGACAGUGAAAGUACACAAUGGUUAUUUCACAACUCACAACACAUCUGUUAUGCUACAGCAAGUUAUAAUAUACUACAUUCAGUUUUUCCUAUUUGUUUUCUUUUUAUGCAAUAUGUUUGGAAAGGAAUAUAAUCACAUUAAGAUUGAUCAAUUAUAGCAAUCCUUUUGGAAUAUAUUAAAGACUAUACAGAAUUAUCCCUUUUAAACUGAAUGCAUCGUCAACAACUCAUUCAUUUAUAGUGAAGUACCACAAGGUUUGAAUGAGGUGCUGUUUUUUGAAAGUUGGACUUCAGAGAUGAAAGCUGUUUUUGACUAAUUAUUUGAAUAACUUGUAAAUCAUCAGCUGAAUUGAGCUCAUCAUGGCUGGAUAAAUCAUUCACUGUUAACAGCCAGACUGAAAGCUGGGGCUGUUUUUCACUGCAGAAAAUCUCGCUGAAAUGAGUGGCUGUAGCAAAGUAGUUAUGCGCAAUAAAUCUGUAGCAAACACUUCUGUGAAUCUGACACUGGAGCUUAAUUUAAGAUCGAUUGAGAAAAGCUAGACACCCGAAGCUCCUGUUACAGUUCUUCCAUGCAUUUGUAGCCUAUAAGUCUGAUUGCUGCUUCACUGUGAAUAGAAUGAUUGAAUGAAGUAAAAUGACAUAGCUUUACUUCUGUAAAUACUUAGCAAAGAAAAUAUUGUUGGUAAAAAUGCAUUAGGGAAAUCAUGAAAUAACAUUAAAGUAUUGUGUUUGUUUGUUGUUUUGAUGUGAAGUAACUUAAGUCUAGAAAAAGUGCAUUGGAAAGCGUUGGUUUAGGAGGAUCACGAACAUAGAACAGGAGCCACUUGAUUUUCCAUCUGUCUAAAUUACACCGGGAUUAUUAAAGGUCACCAAACACAAUUUAGGCAGAAUCUCAAAAAUGUUUUGGUAGUAAAACCAUUGUAGCUUAACACAAAUUUGUAAAAAUUAUUCCAGAAUCCCACUCAAUUCUUUCCAAAUCUUGGUGGGAGCUGUGUUGCCCAAAUUAAAAUAAAAAUGCCCUUAAAUGUUUAUGACAUUUUAGUAACUGCAGGACAUUGAUUGGCAUUGUGAUUUUAGCUCAUCUUAAAAAAUCAAAUUAGACUUGUGUGUCACCUCAUUUGUUGAAAACUCCAAAAUUCAAAGUCGAUAAUGGAAUAGGUAAGUGAUUCUUACAUAGAAAACUUAAACAUCAAAUGAAACUUUGUCUGACAACUGGAGCAUUAAUCAAAGAUUAAUUAGUAUUUUACAUAUUCACCGAACAUUGCCAUAUGUUCUAACCUGUUUAAUGCUGCACUGUAUAAAUAUCAAGUUUAGAUAUUUGAUAACAAGAAAAUGGUUUAAAGUGAAAUAGGUAUGAUGUAAUUAUGUUGGCUGUCCAGCUCGCCAAGAUUGCAGACAAAGAGUAAACCCCAGCCAAUGGGUUUUGGUGCCAGUAUCCACCCAUCUGACAAUGAAGGAAAAUUGUUGGCGACUAUCAGGGUAGUCUUUGGGCAGUAGCCAGAAGAUAUGAGAACCAACAGCUACUUCUGCUACUUUGGGAUUAGGGUAAGGAAUCAGCCCUGGAAAGUUUUAAAAAAAAAAGCAGGAGGGCAACAUCAACAUUUGCGAAGUAAAUUUGUGAAAGGUUUCAAAAUUUACAAAGCAUCAAUGCAAAUAAUUUUCAUAAAUCCUUUCCUGAGAACCACCAAAAAUGGAAAUAUUUAUUUUGCAUUUUAAGUUAGCACGUCAAAACUGUCGUAUAUUGGUUGUAAAAUCUACUGCUGUCAGCACUGUGGAGAAACUUUGUAGCUUCCCCGAAGUUAACUCAUGUAGAAGCAAAUAAUAUUACAAAGCCACCCAUAACAUACCUUUUGCAAAAAUCAAGAUUUACCUUAUUUUGUUCGAAAUGCAUAAUUCUGAGUAUUUGGCAAAAUUGAGUGAACUAUUGUAGAUUUAGGGUUUUGAAAACAAAGUAUAUAAUUGCAAAUACAUAACCAAUUAAGGAGACCGACCAUUAUUUGUUCCUGAUUUUAACCUAAAAAGCAAAUAAUUAAUUUAUUUAGAACAUAGAACAUAGAAAAGUACAGCACAGUACAGGCCCUUCGGCCCACGAUGUUGUGCCAUGGAAUAAUCCCAAUCCAAAAGUAAAAUAACCUCACCUACAUUCCCCUCAAUUCACUGCUGUCCAUGAGCAUGUCCAGCAGUCGCUUAAAUGUCACUAAUGACUCCGCUUCCACGACUACCAUUGGUAAACUAUUCCAUGUGCUCACAAAUCUCUGGGUGAAGAACCUCCCUCUGACGUCUCCUCUAUACCUUCCUCCUAACACCUUAAAACUAUGACCCCUCGUGGCAGUCAAUCCUGCCCUGGGGAAAAGUCUCUGGCUAUCAACUCUAUCCAUGCCUCUCAUUACCUUGUACACCUCGAUCAGGUCACCUCUCUUCCUCCUUCUCUCCAGAGAGAAAAGUCCGAGCUCAGUCAACCUCUCCUCGUAAGACAAGCCCUCCGGUCCAGGCAGCAUCCUGGUAAACCUCCUUUGCACCCUCUCCAAAGCCUCCACAUCUUUCCUAUAAUAGAGCGACCAGAACUGGACACAGUAUUCCAAGUGUGGUCUCACCAGGGUUUUGUAGAGCUGCAGCAUAACCUCGCUGCUCUUAAACUCGAUCCCCCUGUUAAUGAAAGCCAAAACACCAUAUGCUUUCUUAACAACCUUAUCCACUUGGGUUGCAACUUUGAGGGAGCUAUGCACUUGAACACCAAGCUCCCACUGUUCUUCCACACUGCCGACAAUCCUGCCUUUAAUCCUAUAUUCACCCUUUAAGUUCGACCUUCCAAAAUGCAUCACUUUGCAUUUAUCCAGGUUGAAUUCCAUCUGCCAUUUCUCAGCCCAGCUCUGCAUUCUGUCAAUGUCUUGCUGAAGCCUGCAAUAGCCCUCGAUACUAUCAACGGCACCUCCAACCUUUGUGUCAUCAGCAAACAUACUAACCCAUCCCUCAACCUCCUCAUCCAAGUCAUUUAUAAAAACUACAAAGAGCAGAGGCCCAAGAACAGAGCCCUGUGGGACAUCACUCAGCACUGACCUCCAGGCAGAAUACUUACCAUCUACAACCACUCUCUGCCUCCCGUUUCAUUUGUUAUUUUUCAUAACUUUGUCAAAUGUGUAUUUGUAUUUAUUGCAAUCAUUCCUGAAAUACAAAUGAUUCCUUGUUUGAUUGCCACGUUUAGAAUUUGUUUAGGCAUCCAUUGUGGUUCUAUGAUCUGUUUUGUAAUCACAAGCACAUUGAAAUGUACAAUCUGCUGUGGAGAGUUUCAAAAAAUUUCUUUCCUCCAUACUAAUUUUUUUUCCCUUGUGUCCCUUCUCGAAAGCUGUGGGUUUUGUUUUAGUUGAGAUACAGUAUGGGCGCUGGUGCUCCAUCUCUGUCUUGCCCAAGAUAAUAUUUAUCAUGUAUCCAUUAAUUUGUCACCCAUGAAUGAGCACACACUUCCAAAAUUGGCUUGAUAGAUUUUUCUUCCCAAACCAAAGAACAGUGAGGUAAAUUUUAAGGGUCACUACCCAGCAAAGAACAUUGAUUGCAUUGAACUUCAAUAAUCUGUAUAAUUUAGCUGGUCGUUGGGUGAAAUGGUAACAGCAACUUUGUAGGAGUCCAGUUGUGUGUUGCCUCAGUUAUCUUGUGGAAUCGCACAAGACAGAAGAAAAGAGAAAGAAAAUGCACUUUGAAUGUAAACUUGCAAGCACUAUGAAGAUAGACAAAAGUUUCUUUAGAAAUAUGAAAAGGAUCAGAGAAGCCAAAGUACAAAACUGAACAGUUCUGGCCCCUUUAUGUAAAGAAACAGAUGUAGGCAUCAUAAGCAGUCCAGAGGUUCACUGGGCAGAUACUGGAAGGACUGUCGUAUGAGGAAAGCUUGAGUAUGUUGGGCCUGUACUCUUUAUGGAAUUUAGUAGAAUGAGACACUACCUUUUGAAAUGUUUAAGAUUCUUAGGGGACUUGACAGGGUAGAUUGAAGCAGUUAUUUCCCCCUGUGAGGAUUUAAGACUAAGAUGAGGAGAAAUUUCUUUGAGGGUAGUGAAUCUGUGAAAUUCUUUACCACAGGACUGUCGAGGCUGGAUCAUCAAGUAUUUUCAAGGCCAAGACAGAUUUUUAAUCAGUAAAAGAAUGGGAAUUAUUGGGGAAAGGUAAUAAAUUGCACUUAAAGAUAAUCAGUUAUGAUGAUCUCACAGAUUGACAAUGGGAUGAACCUGCACUUGUGUUUUUGGCAGAGGCCCAACAGAAAUUCACAAGGCAGUUUGCUCUUUGUUUAUUUCAUUUCCCUUUAAUUUUAUGAAUCAAAUGAAAUAUUCUAGAUCACUAUUCAUAGCAACAAAGAACAAACCUGUGAGAGCAUCUGUUUGUGGCAUAUCCAAUGUCCACAAAACAUAUAUAUGAUAGAAUGUUAUGAGAACAUACAAUUAAGAAUAGCUUCACAUCCUGCAGGUUAAACAAUGAGCACACAUUUGUACUUAAGUUGCAUUGACCCUCGGAAGUGUAUUUCCAUCUGCUGAGGAGACAUGUACUUUCAGGGCUUUGGUUGACAUUCACUUCUAAGUACAGCUCACAUAAAUUAUUCUCUUCCCUAUUUAAAUAUUGAACUUCCUCCCAGUUUACCACAAAAGAUUGUUGCUUCAACAUUAAUGGUUUGGCUAAUGGCCAACUGAAUGAAUGCUCGUCAACACUUGGGCAACUGUCAGCCUUAUCAAGUUAAUGAUUAGCGCCUUAAAUCUUAUAAGGUGGAGAUGACUAAUCUAUUACUAACUAUAUUGAGUCACAUCUAAUUGUCCGAGAACAGUGGAAUUUUUAACAGCUGUUAGAUGUUGGGACUUGUAGCUACAGUCUUCUCUGAAAGCAUACGUUAACCACCUGUAAAGGGAGACAACGUAAUGGUUGAAUAUUCCCAGCCUAAUGAGUUUGGUCUCAUGGUAUAGCAAGACAAAGUGUUGGGUGGAAUGUCUAGUAUCACCAUGUCACAGUUGGCACCUCAGAAGCAAAAUUGAACCAUAGGAUGUCCCAUUAAAGUCAUGCAUCUAGGCACUCUGGCAUUUUGACUAUGCCAAUGAGGCCCAAUACUGAAAAGGGGGCUCACAAAGUAAACUCUGGUGGCUUCUGAGCAGUUUUCCAGAGAAAACCCUCUGUGAUUUUCAGUUCUUGACCUACGGGGAGCCCUCAGCAAUGAUAGCCAUCUGACAGCAGCACCACCACCUCAGCACAAACAACUUCCACCACCAUCAUCCAGCCUUCCAGGUGGUAUGGACUAGACCCCCUCAAAAUAUAUUUUAAGAAGGUAGCCUAGACGGUAACUACUUCUUAUUUUAAAGGUAGAUGUGAAGUGCCAUGUUCUAAAUGCAGUGUGACUGGUCAAGCUACUUGAUAGUAAGCAAAACAAUUUAUUUAAUCACUAUAGUUAAAAUACAAACAAGAGAAUUUAGAAUAACCUAACUAUUGGAAAUCUUAACUGAAUAAUAAUAGAUACAGUAACUAUUGCUAAAUAACUGUUCCAAUAUAGCAACAUUCUAUAAACAUACCUGAUGGCAAAAAGGCAAAUUCAGACAUAUUCUCACAAGCAGUUCUUCAGUCCAGUAGGAAGAAACAUCAAGAGAAAAUUGAGAACAUAGCAGCCAGAAGACAUUCACUGAACCCUCCAACUCUUUUGCGACCCCACUGGCCUCUGCUUAAAACCAAGCCUAAAAAUUAGACAAAAACUAGAAAGCCUGGACUGUGAGAGCUGGCCACACCCAGGCUGCUUCCAGUGUUGCAACCUUUUAUAUAAAACAAGCCCAAGGCUUCUCAAAUUGUUUACUCUCUUAGAGACAGCUGGUACCUCUGCCAUACAAUCUGUCUUCAAAAAAAGGACAAAAUAAUCUUUUAAAGUGACAGCAACAUCACACACAGGCAUGAGGCAUUUCGAGGCUGCUGCAUUGCCAGAUUUCUUACUGAUACCCUGUUAACUGACUGCUGGCAAAAUGGCACCCUAGGAAUCCAGUCAGCUCCUACUUUUGGUUCCUGCAGAGGAAUGUUGACCUCCACUGAAACAUUCAUUCCAGUGGUGAAAACAAUCCUUUCCCAGGAUCGUAAUACUUUGAGAUUCAGUCCCUCACCUCAUUUGCAAUUUUCAAGUUAUUGAAAUUAAGUAUUUUUAAGAUUAUUAUCUAUUUGUCUUCUCUCCCAUGCAUUUCUUGGUCAUGUGUUGAACUUUGAUCUUGCUCAUUACACAUGAGUGUUCAUGUUACGUAAAUUGUUAUAUUUGGUACAGCACCAACUUUACACACUAUUAAAGCAUUUCUCAUGAUGAAACAGCUGGAAUACAGCUGGUGAUAAAUGUCAGAACAAUGAUACUUUAGCUCCUCUACAUACAUGUAAUCGGAUUAUACCUUUAAUUGGUUCCUGAUUUUCAUGUUAAUACCCACAAAUUAACAACAAAAAUAUGUUCAUUUUUAAGCACUGAUAUGGAUAGUACUUAGUACCAAGUCUAAGCCAAAUAUCCUAUUGUCUAAGCUCUUAAUCAAGGCUUUUUGCUUAUUCCACUGAGAUCAAAUCAAAAUGGACAAGAUAUUGAUAACAAAUCUCCAGUUGAAAAAUACUUUGGAGCACUUUUAUAUAGCCGACUCAUUUUUGCUUAUUUCCUUUCUCGUUACUAAACACAUUACACAAGUUAUCGGCUACAGUGAACAGUUUGUGGAUAGCACUAAUACAGGAUACUUGCCACAUUAGAUGCUAGGGACAAGGAAGUACUUGAUUUGAAAGGUGAGUUAAUUUUUUGAUAUUACUUUCCUUUCUCAGAUUGUAACAUUUACACUUUUGGUUUAGACUUUUGUAACCCAUGAGAAUAUAAUUUACUUUAUUAUUUUGUGAAUCUGAUGUAUUUUACCUUUUAUGUCCAUGAUUUUCCUGCUGCACUUGAUUUUUAAACCUUGUACUUAACUUUGAUUAAGAGACCAGACAGUAGAUUAAAAUGUUUCAUCAAAGCAUCAAUUGAUAUUUAGCAGAGGAAGAGGUGUUCAAGUCGCCAAGUUCCUGGAACAGCUUUUUGUGUGUGUCUGUAUAGAAUGGGUUCUGCCAAAAACCUGCAUAGGAAAACCUCUUCAUAAGGACAGGUCCUGUUCCCUACAUAAUGAUGGGCCUGUUACCAAAAUGGUAGAGUACUGGAUCAUGAGCUACUAAUAACCACAUGUUCAUAUAUUUAAUGUUGGAAUGAGGAAAUCAACAGCAAGCCAUGGAAAAAGCUUCGUUGAAAAGGUAGGAUUUAAGGGGAUGGUAAAGGAAGAGAGGGAAGUGGAGGUGGUUGGGAAGGGAAGGUUGUGUCCUUGGGUCAGUUCCUUCGACCUUGGUUUGACUGCAAGGAUUCACGUGCAGUGUGAGCACUUCCCUUCUGUAAUAAGGUAAAAACUGGAGCCUGCCCUUCUGUCUGUAGGCAUAGUCCCAAAGCUAAUUGCACAACAAUUUUAGACUGGUUACCAAAAAAAUCAUAGCAAAAUAAUCCUACUGCCCUCCAGGGGAGAUGGAGGGAGAUAUACUUUUAGCACUAGAAAAUAAUAGCAAUCACAGUUUCUUUUUAUUUUGUAGAGUAACCAGACAAUCUAAUCUACUUGGUGGGACUCUCUUCACUGUAAAGCUCAAAGGACUGAAGUUUGUAAACUCAGUUCUGCUGCCAAUUGCAUAUUCUGAGUAAGGCAAUGAUCCAGAAUGUCUUGAGUGUUAGUGCAUGGAGAUUAGAAAUCAUCCUACCUGAAGUAAUACUCAAUGUUUUCCUCACUAAUGGAAAAUUCAUUUGUAUUUCAAUAGUUUUCACUGAAUUAACAAGGCUGAAAUAUAUUCCAGUGUGCAGGUAUCACUAUUGUACACAUUUCACAUUCACCAGAUCAGCUGAUAUGAUGUUAUGAAAAUCAAAAAUAGUUAAUUUGUUCAGAAAUUGUAAUUUAUGCAUGUUAUUAAUUUUACAAGGUAAUCCCUUCAAAAAUUUUUAUUUAAGUGCAAAGCAUAUGGUAAGAUCUUUGAGGGAGGCAAGUUUGCACCCACAUGUGAAAUGAAUAAAUAUUUACUUUGUCA